GGUUUAUGAUUAUUUAUAUUAAUAUGAUUAUAUAGAGUGUAAGGUUUCUGAUUAUUUAUAUGAUUAUAUAGAGUCCUGUACAUAUUAAGAAUUAUUAUUAAAUAUGAGGUUUAUAUUGCAAACCAUUAAAAUAUUGUUAAGUUAUAAAUCCAACAGUUGACAAAUGUCGUCAAUAGAUGUCACAGGCUAACAAAAUUACAUCGCGGUAGCGUUGUGUGUAAAAAUUUGUAUAAGAAGUCCAAAGUAAUUAUGAAUAAAUCAAGAACCAAACGCAUCAAUGUAAAAUUGGCAGAUUAAAGCAAAGUGUGAACAAAGUUAGCCUGUUUAAUUUAUAUGUCUGACACCCAAAAGGUCAGAAGCGGGAUAAAUAAGGCUCUAGAAAACUAACCUUACUACGCCCACGGAUCGGUAAAACUUACGCUCAUCAUCUGUGACGUGGAGGACGACACUAGCCGAGGAGAAGGGUCUGGUGCUCGGCUAGUAAGAGGAAGUGGCUUAAUGAUAAAAGGAGCCCAUGUGCUUAGUCGAGGGGAAGGACUAACACAUAGGGAAUGACCAAGGAGCAUCCGAGGCUGAGGAUGUAGGUCACAUGUGCUUAGUCGAGGGGAAGGGCUAACACAUGGGAGUGACCAAGGAGCAUCCAAGGCUGAGGGUGUAGGUCAACAGGGAAGGAUUGGGAGGAUGAGCUCGCGGAUAGAGCAAGGAGCAUCCGAGGUUAGGAUGUAGGGUCCAUGUGCUUAGUCGAGGGGAAGGACUAACACAUGGGAGUGACCAAGGAGCAUCCGAGGUUAAGGAUGUAGGUCAACAGGAAAGGAUUAGGAGGAUGUGCUCGAGGAUAGAGCAUGGAGCAUCCGAGGUUGAGGAUGUAGGGCGACAGGAAAGAAUUAGAAGGAGGAGCUCGAGCAUAGAGCAAUAUGUAACAUUUGAUAAAAUGGACAAGGACACGAUGAUUCGAAGAGAACGGUUGCGUGGAAAGCGAUCGAGUGAACGACGAUCGCGUAAGCAGCGGUCGAGCAGGCAACAAUCAAGCGGCUCUGAUGACAGGGACGAAUACGAAAGAAGGAGAUGGAAAACAAGGACAAGGACAGGACAGAGGAGACGGCAUGUGUCUUCCUCUUCAGGAUCUGAUAUGGGGUCACCGCAGCUUCCGCGCAAGGUUGAGCGUGGUAAGGAGGACGACGGUUCAGAUACAAAGGUAUUAGUAGAUAAAUUCUUGAAUAUUCUUGACAAAAUAAAAGGUUCAGAUAAGCCCAAACUUACGUUCAACACAAAUGUUAUCCCCGAAUUUGACCCAAUGGCAAAGGAACAAACUAUCCUUACUUGGCUGACGAAAGUGGAAGAAUGAGCUCACAUAUAUGGGUGGGAAGACAGGGAAAUUAUCCACUAUUCCUUGCCCAAGCUUUCUGGUGUCGCUAAAACUUGGUAUCAGGGCUUAUCUAGCCUAUUAUUUUACAUGGACUGAGUGGAAACAAAAACUUAUAGAAUCUUUUCCCCAAAGCGAGAACUAUGCUGAGUUAUUGCAUAAAAUGUUAGCAAAAACAGUUAGAUACGGUGAGUCGUUUGAACAUUACUAUCAUGCGAAAAUGAACUUGUUAAAUCGUUGCAAAAUUUAUGGCAAGGAAGUGGUAGACUGUUUGCUGUACGGGGUUGAAGAUCGUGCCGUUAAAGUGGGUGCUCAAGCCGCUCAAUUUAAGCAACCUGAGCAAGUGCUCAAAUACUUUAGAACCGUGAAGGUAGGCAAAGUUCGUGACUCCAUUAACGAUGCCAACCUGAAAAAAACAAAUCAAUCUGGCACGAGCAGGGCGGGCCCUAGUAAUAACGGAAUCCGUUGCUUCAAUUGCAACGAAAUAGGUCACCCUAGCUUUAAAUGUACAAAACUUAUCGCGAAGUGUACGACCUGCGGGAGGAUUGGUCAUUAGGCGAUUAACUGUUUAAAAAAAUAAAACUCCGAUUAAUAAAGACGAUAGUCAGGCCUUAGAUAAAAAUAAUGAACAAAAACAAGUAUCUAAUGUAACUGGCGAUGAUAGUGCUAUUGAUAAAUAUAUACUGGAUAUAAAGAUUAACAACUCAGGGGUCAAGUGUCAUGUAGAUUUAGGGAGUCAAUGCUCGUUAAUUAGACAGAGUACCGCUAAGGAGUUGAACCUGAAUAUCGAUGUGAGGGAAGGUAUGCCGGUAUUAAGAGGAAUAGGAGGAAACCUGACUUGCCCUUUAGGUGUAGCUACCGUGAGUGUAGAAGUUCAAGGGUUAAAAAAAACUAUUGAAAUAUAUGUAGUAGAAGAUUAUGUACUAAGUUACUCUGCAUUACUUGGACAUUCCUUUACAGAGAAGCCUGAUAUUAUAAUGACUAAAACGCCGACUAAGAUCGUAUUUGAAAGACUCGCGUGUACUAAAAUAAGACUCAUAGUGGAAGAUGACACGGAAAUAGAUGGUAACGUUGUACGUCCCAUAAUUGUUAAUGCUGAUGGGCAGGGACACGGUAGCAUCUACGUCCAUGGCUCGUUAAGGGGUGCUGAAGGAAAAGAGUACUAUCUUUUUCCCGGUACGUACGAGAUAAAAGACAGCCGCACAGCGCUUUUAAUUUAUAAUGCCUCGUCAAACAAGGUUUGUAUAAAGAAGGACACUCUCUUAACACGAGCACUGCGUAAUACGCAUCCAACACCUUUUUUCCAAUCUUGUAGCGUUCUUACCGAUAGGGGACUGGAUGAAGAGAUCAGUUGCAAUCCUGAGCUAACAAAACAGCAGCCCGAAGAACUACAAAAGUUAUUAUUUCAGCAUAGCGAUUGCUUCUCAAGUGGGCUCAAGGACCUUGGGUUUACCAACAUCACUGAGAUGGUUAUCGACCUUAACGACACGGAACCAGUCGUGUAUCGCCCAUGCCGUAUGUCACAUACUGAGCGACAAUUAGUAAGAGACAUGGUUAAGGAGAUGGUAGAUAAUGGUAGAGCUAGGGAGUCAUCUUCAUCAUAUGCCAGUCCUAUAGUCCUGGUACAAAAAAAAGAAUAGUGAGAAACGAUUGUAUGUGGACUAUCGAGCUCUAAACAGAAAGCCCAAAAAGGAACACUACCCCCUACCAAGAGUCGAGGAUCAGUUGGACCUAUUAUCCGGUAACACCCUAUUUACGUCAUUGGACCUUGCUUCCGGGUACUAUCAAACACCAGUCGCCGAGGCCUCCCGUAGUAAAACUGCCUUUGUAACACUUGAUGGGCAGUAUGAAUACAACCGCAUGCCUUUCGGACUAGUUAAUGCACCAUCUGUGUUCCAAAGGACAAUCCAUAAAAUAUUAAAGGAGGCCCAAAUUAAAUAUGCUGUUGUCUACAUGGAUGACAUACUGAUACCAUCCAAGGAUUUUAGGGAAGGCAUCCAAAGACUAGGCGAAGUUCUCACACUGAAAUUAAGUAAGUGCUAUUUCUUUUUGAAUGUCAUAGACUUUCUAGGGUUUGAAGUGAGUGCUAAUGGUAUCCGCCCAGGUAGUAAAGAAAAAACUGAAGCCGUCUCAAAAUUCCCAACACCUACCAAUCAGCACGAAUUGCGUCAAUUUCUGGGUCUGUCUGGGUUCUUCAGACGGUUUAUACAGGGAUAUGUUACGAUAACUGCACCGUUAACGGAUUUACUGAAGAAAGACGCUAACUGGGGUUGGCCGAACAGGAUCAGGCGUUCACAGGCACUAAAAGCGCUCUGGUGGAGUGACCGGUGCUAGCUCUAUACGAUCCUAAGUCCGAAACCGAGCUACAUACGGACGCUUGCAAAGAAGGCCUAGCGGGUAUUUUACUGCAGCGUAACUGUAAUGGUGCAUUGCAACCAGUUUCCUACUUCAGCAGGAAAACUACCGCUGACGAACGCAAGUUUCAUUCGUACGAGCUCGAAACUUUGGCGGUCAUUGCAUCUCUCAAUCAGUUUAGGGUUUAUUUAGUGGGAAUACCAUUUAAAAUCUUGACCGAUUGCAAUGCACUCAGGUCCACUCUAACUAAGCGUGACUUGAUACCUCGCAUAGCUAGGUGGUGGGUCCAACUUCAGAAGUACGACUGUACAAUCGAGUACCGGCCUGGUGUUAGCAUGGCACACGCGAAUGCCCUAAGCAGAAACCCAGUCAAUUCUUCUUCAGGUAACACAUGUACUAGAUGUUUUACAAAUACAGCAAAUCGAACAGGACUGGAUUACGACGGUACAAACUGCAGAUGACGAGAUAAAUAAAAUCAAAAGGAUUCUUUCUGACCCUUCAUCGGCGGAGGUAGCGGACAUACACAAAAACUACAGACUGAAGAAUGUCCAUGUUUACCGCGUGGUAGGUGACGAAAUAAAAUGGCUGGUACCCAAAAGUGUACGCUGGCAAAUUUUAAAAAUGAACCACGAUGACGUUGGCCAUUGUGGUUUUGAAAGAACCCUACAGCGCAUCCGAGGCCAUUAUUGGUUCGCGAAAAUGCGGCGUCUCGUCCGGAAGUAUGUUACCUCCUGCCUUGAGUGCGCGUACCACAAAGCUCCAGGUGAUAAACGAGAAGGAGAACUCCACCCAAUCGAAAAGAUAAAGGUACGAGUUUCACCAGUAAGGCGUUUCAAGAUUUUACGACCUCUUACGGGAUCAAACAUAUUGUAAAUGCCGUUGCAACGCCUCGAGCAAACGGGCAAGUAGAAAGGUUUAAUAGAACGAUUUUAGAUGCUCUAUCGACAGCCAAUCACGGCGGCGACGACAAGUCGUGGGACAACCACAUCACUGAUAUACAGGUUGGUAUGAACACAGCUCGACAUAAAACUACCCAAAAGAGCCCCUCUGAGCUACUAUUUGGAUUUAACAUAAUUAAUAGAACGGAAAGCAUACUUAGUACGGUAAUCAAUGACACCCUAAAUAGGACUCCCAUUGAGGAAUUGGCGGAAGUCAGACAACAGGCUAGUAAAAAAAAAAAAAAACAGCAACAAGUUAAAGAUGCAGUCAAUUUUAAUAAGCAUAGGAAACCAGCGAGGCAGUACCAAGAAGGGGAUUUAGUACGCUUAGCAAGGCAGGCUCCGCACGAUGGAAAAUCUCAAAAGCUCUCUGUUAAGUACCAAGGCCCUUAUCGUAUACUAAAGGUUCUUCCCAAUGAUAGGUUCGUGGUAGAAGAUAUACCAAUGACUCGCAAAAAAGGUAGAAGGUAUGAAGCAGUUGUAUCUAUUGAUAAGAUUCAGCCUUGGAUGUCGUUCUGUAGAGAAUUAGAAUCUGAUGAAUCUAGUUAUAGUGUUGAUGACAGUGAUUAGAUACUUGAUUACUCAGUUUAUGUUUGACAUUUAGUUACUUAAGAAAGAAAUUGUUAUUUUAAUUAUUAUUUUGAUAGAACUUAAAACCAUGGAAACGAUUUAGCGAUAGAUAUGUGUAUGUACUUAGUAUUUAUAGCAAAAAAAAUGUUAAAAAAAAUGUUACACGUCAUAUAUAAACCUAGUGUAUAAUUAAUUGCAUUUAUUAUUAUUAUUUUUUUUGUAACAUAUAUAUUUUGUUUUUUUUUCUUGAUCUCAAAGCGAAGGGUCUCGCUUUAGGUAGGAUGGCCGAGCUGUAAGGUUUAUGAUUAUUUAUAUUAAUAUGAUUAUAUAGAGUGUAAGGUUUCUGAUUAUUUAUAUGAUUAUAUAGAGUCCUGUACAUAUUAAGAAUUAUUAUUAAAUAUGAGGUUUAUAUUGCAAACCAUUAAAAUAUUGUUAAGUUAUAAAUCCAACAGUUGACAAAUGUCGUCAAUAGAUGUCACAGGCUAACAAAAUUACAUCGCGGUAGCGUUGUGUGUAAAAAUUUGUAUAAGAAGUCCAAAGUAAUUAUGAAUAAAUCAAGAACCAAACGCAUCAAUGUAAAAUUGGCAGAUUAAAGCAAAGUGUGAACAAAGUUAGCCUGUUUAAUUUAUAUGUCUGACACCCAAAAGAUGGUAUGUAGCAUGAAAGUACGAGAAGAAAACUUGCGAGAACUGGAAUGAAAGAGAACUUGUUAGAACAGGCUCCGAUCACGUUGGAGGUAGACAGAUAAAAAAAAAAAAAAAAAAAAAAAAAAAAAAAAAAAAAAAAAAAAAAAAAAAAAAAAAAAAAAAAAAAAAAAAAAAAAAAAAAACCUAACCUAACCAGUCGCAGCGCAACCGCGAGCCCAAGCGCCACGAUAAUAGGCCGCUCCGCGUUCAAAAAAUCAGAAAAAUAGUGAAAAGUGCACAGAUUAUAGUGAAAGUCGUGUCUAAAGAAGCGGAAGGUGACGAGGAACGUAGUCGUGAAAACCGCGUGACCAGGAGACCACUGGGUCAAAAGUUAUUAAAGAAAAACCCGAAAAACCGUGUGUUCACUGCACAAAGUGGCGUGCGCCUCCCGAUUUCGAUCGAUGACGUGCAUUUUUUCUAGUGCAGCUUUAAAGCCCUAAGUGCCAUACACCUUCGACCCGAGUUUCGGAUUUUUCCGGUACAAACUGACAGAGCUGCACCCUAAAAAGUGGAAACCACGUGGACACGUGGUCCCCCUUCCACUAGGAAUUGGACAAAGUGGGGUAGCUUCAAAGAUAGCCCAAGAAGCCCUCUCCCAAAGGCCGUUUGGAUCACAACGAUAUCUCAUUCCAGGACGGAGAUAUAGGAAUUAAUUUAAAAGGUGCGCAAUAACAAAACUUUCAGCACGAAUAAGUCGAGAUUAAGAUCUGUAACCCCCCCCUUUUUUUUGGUGUUGGAUGUGGCUUAGAUCAUUUCCAACAUUCCCACAAAAAUACGGACAUUUCUUUAUUCGUGUUGAAAGCGCAACGAGAGUGAUAGAGAAGGAAACAUUAUCUGUCUCAACGGGUGGCCUGAUCGACAAUAAGGAGGCGUAGGCUACGUCACACAAAUUGGAAUGUGGCGUAGACAUCAUCGUAGCCGAGCAGCGUAGCGGCGUAGCAGCGUAGCAGAAGACGUAGCGCAGCCGCCGUUUGCCGCAAGGUUAAAAUUGGAGAGCGAUCUAACGAUGACAAGUGACCACUCGGGGCUCGUUGGAUGAACUGUAGAUUUUAAAUUUCUUUUACUUCUUUUGUUCCUUUAUUUUUUAUUUCCGUUUUAAUUUUGUCCUAUUUUAUUUUAUGUUUUAUUAUUAAGUAGAAAUACUAAAAAUUUUAGGAACUGUACAUACUUUUGGUGACUGUGUUAUGUCUAGAAUAAGUUAUCAGUUUGACUGAAUCGUGACACAUUUAUUUAUAUCUUUGGUGAACAUCGGAAACAGUAUACAAUAUAUAAUAAUAAUACAAAUACAUAAUUAUAAUAAAAUAUUAUAAGUAAGUAAUACGGUAAUACAGUAAAAUUUAAAAAUUAUAAACGGAACCCAACACUCUUAGUAACUAUAAAACUUUAAUUCAAGCCGCAAGAAAUUGAUAAAUCUUGCGACCAAUGGAACGGCGCGGCACCGGUGGCGUGAUACUUGUUUACAAGUUAGCGAGCGGUGAGUCACGCGUCGCACCAUCUGGUCUUGUUUUUGUUAUUGUUUCCGAUUAUAUCGUGUUCUAUUGAAUUUGUAUUUUGACCGAACAAAUACUCGACAUAACAUUUUUCAUUUUAUUUUUUUAGGAUAUAAUAACAUUAGUUCUAUUGCUGCAGUGAGUACAUAAUUGUAUUCAUUAGAAACUUGACUAUAACUAAAACGACGUGAUAUUAUUAAUUUAAUUUAUGUCAAACUUUACAAGUAUAUACACAACUUAGAUAAGAUUUUAUUUUAUAUUAGACACCGACCCCUCUUUACAGGGUCUGGCAAACAUUAUAUAAAGGGACAACUUUCCCCGACACGUACACCGUACUCAUACACACUCACAUUAAAAUGUACCGUACACCCACGACUUCGGGCGCCUCCAAAAAGCCUACCACUCCCAGCCCUACCACAACCGCAGUGGUGCAGGGUGCGGCAAGGACGUUUAUUAAAAGACCAGACAUCAAAAGAAGAUCACUCGACAAUAUGGACAUUUUCAAAAAGCAGCAACAGAACUAUGCUGCGUUGUCGAGUGAACAGCUCCUCCAGGAGAUGAUGAAGACUUUCGAGGAUAUACCCUCGAAAGUCCAUGAGUACCCUCAGAUGAGGAGGGAUAUAAAGCAGUUCCUGGAGGUGCAGUCAGACAAGGGCAUACGUGCAAUUUUCGAGCUCAGUAGGCGUAUUGAGAGUCUCGAAGCAGGAGCCCCAAAGACAAGGACACCGACAAAAACCUCGUCGUCUGACGGCGCAGAUGUCAUUUUAAAGAAGCUGGGAGAGGUGGAAAAGGCAUUGACUAAACGAUUAAACGAGAUGGAGCUAAGUCUAAAAACAGACAUAAUACAACUGAACGACGAAAAUGACGGCCGGGGCUCCGACAUGAUCGACAAGAUCAUCGACAGGAUCGACGAGACCAGAGCUGCCAUGGACCAAACGACCGAGGCGGUCGAGAGUCGAACGCACGCUCUCGUCAAGGAUCUGGUCGGUGGUCUUGCCGAUGAUGUCGUCGCAGCAAAACAAGAACUUACGGAGGUCGCAAAAGGACUGGCAUGCGAUAUAAACCUAGCUCCAGUCUCCAAGUCAUACGCCAGCGUCACAGCAGCCAAACCCGUCCACCGUCCUGCACUUCAUUCGAUGGCAGUCACUCUCGAAGGUAGUCAGGAGACAGCUGACGAGGUGCUCGCCAGGGUGAAGAGGGCAGUCGACGCCAGGGGCACUGGACUUAAAAUUAACAAGGUACGCAAGGCGAAAAACCAAACUAUUAUAUUGGGUUGCGACACCGAGGAGGAAAGAAAGAAAGUCCAAGAAAUAAUAGAGAGUCGUGGGGAUGGACUGGUAGUAGCGCCCAUGAAGAACAAGAGCCCUCUCGUUGUCCUGAAGGAUGUUUUCGUGGAAAGUGAAGACGACGAUAUGAUUAAGGCACUCCACGUCCAAAAUAAGAACAUAUUCAUGGGCCUACCGGAAGAAGACAUGCAAAUGGAAAUAAAAUUUAAAAAACGUACCAGAAACCCAAAGACCGCGCACAUCAUCUUGCAAGUGAAGCCGAAAGUAUGGCAGAGGAUGACGGAAGCUGGAGCCCUCUAUCUGGACCUUCAAAGGGUCAGAGUCGAGGACCAGUCUCCGCUCAUCCAAUGCACGAGGUGCCUCGCAUUUGGACAUGGUCGUAAAUUUUGCACCGAGAGUGUGGACAGAUGCAGUCACUGUGGAGGACCGCAUCUGCGCGAGAAAUGCGCAGACUUUAUCGCAGGGACCGAACCGCGGUGCUGCAACUGCUCACACUCUGGGUUGCGGAAGGCUGACCAUAACGCUUUUAGCGCCGAAUGCCCGGUACGAAAAAAGUGGGACUACCUGGCUCGCGCAAAUACCACAUAUGCAUGACCAUGCAGGACAUUACACAACACGUACACACAGACACAAAGCACACAGAAACAAAAACACAACACACACAAACAUGAAAUACACAACAACACGAACACAAAUGAUAUGCAGAAUGUAUAUUGAAUAUACACGAUGAUAUCAGCACAAGAACACUUACAGGAACAAAAAAAUGCGAAAUAAAAUGAAAAUUGUCUAAAGAAAAAAGUCAAUAAAUAUAUAUAAAUUUAGUAUAUAUAUGUUAUUGCCUAGGCAAAUGAGUUUUUAAAAAAAAAAUAUAGAAAGAAGCACAAACUAGUCACGUCACAACACUACAGAAAUCUCACCAAACCUGCUAAAGGCAUUAUAAUAGCAAACAUAAUAAUGAAAUAAACCCAAGUACUUCCUGUUGUAAAAAUAAUAAAGUUAUGAAUAUAGUUAACUAAUACCGAACGGAAAAAUGUAGCAAUUAGAUGGUAAUUAAGAGUAUAUACUAAUGUAAGUUUUAUAGAUAUAAGCUAAGAGCUAAGAAAAAAAGUAAUGUUAGAAUGUUAGAAAUAUAAUAAGUGUAAUAAGAGAUAAGUAUAAUAGUUAAAUAAGUAAAGAAAAUUGUAAUUAAAAUAAGAAGAAGAAGUAAGGAAAACUUGUAUGUAAAGUAUAAAUACUACCGUAGACAAACCAGAAACAAAAAUAAAACUGUACAAACUUUAUUUUCCUAUAAUAAAAGAAUAAAAAUAUCUUAGCAUAGAGUAGCGGGAGU